GUGUUUGAAUUUUUCCGUUUGUUUUGUUUUGGUUUGGUGGUCGCAUUUUAACUGGCUUUGCUUCGUUCAUUUGUGUUGUGAACUAUUGCAAAUAAUAUUAUAGAAGAUUAAAACAAAGAUUUCGUAAACAUGGCUAAAGCGGCGGCGGUAACUAUGGAGAACUUCAUCAACAACUGGAACGCGGAGUUCCCGGAGUACCAGUUGACAGUUGAGGAUCUGAAGAAAUCCCACUCCGUCAUGGGAGCACUGUUUCAGAUCUUCGACCGACUUGGGAUAGACAGGGAUGCAGUACUCAUGCCACCUCCAGAGAAAACCCUGAACGAACAUAUGACAUACUACUGGGAUCUGAUACCAGUUAUCAACAUGACCAGGGUGAUCAACCACCUGGUUUCCGUAAUGCCGCAGGUUGCCACUAUCAGUGUCAACCACUUCCUGCAACCAACGGCUUUGACCUCGCAUUCUAUUCUGCUACUUCUCUUUAAUCUUAUGGUUUUUAAUGAGCAAAGGCUGCAGGGCAUAGCUCCAUAUGAAGAGGAGCUGUUUAAUUUUAGUGAUAUGAUAAAAGCACUGGAAGAGAAGAAGACCAAUUUAUUUGAGAUGCUGAACAGACAAGCUGAAGAGAAGGGCAAGAGAGCUGAGAGAAUGGAACAAAUGAACCAAGAAAUACUACAGCUCGAGGAGGAACUAAAACAGGAGGAACAAGCAAGAGAUCAGGAGAAACAGGAAUUAGACCCGAUCAUCAAAGAGAACAACAUGACCGAGGUGUUAUUGGACCAGAAGAAAGCCACGAAGGAAGGUCUGCUGGCAGACCGCGAAAGGAAGAAGGCUCUUAGGGUUUAUGAUGCUGAGGAUAUUAGGACUCAGGCAGCACAAGCAGCCCAGAACGUCCAAGAAGCAGAAGAGAAGUUGAACUCAUUGAAGUCCAUUAUAGCACAGAAAGAAAACAGCCUCCAGAUUCUACAGAUGAUAAAACCAAACUUGGACACUGCCAAUAAUUUGCUGCAUGAGAUCGCAAAGUUGAAAGACUACGAAAUGGGCGACUUAGAUGAAGACAGCAAGGACGGCGAGCUGGAUUUGUUGAACACGGACUUGAUGGAGCUUCAGGCGCACCAAGCUGAAUUGAGCGCGCGCCGCCUCGAGCAGAACAACAAGAUGAUGGAGGGACAGGCGCGGAGGCAGCACGAGAGGACUAUGGCUGAGAGCGCAUUAAGAGAAGCAGAAGACAAGGACAAGAAGCGGCGUGAGUUUACCGUUAAAGCCACACAGCGCACUCAGGAGAUCAAACAACAAACCACACUAUACGAUGAAGAGAAGACCAAAGGAAUCGAGACCAUUCAACAGAUUAAGGAGGACUUUGUUCUAUCUGUAAAGGAAUGGGAAGAUGCUCUCGUCAAAAUGGUGGCAGACGCCAGGACGGACAUAGUUAAGAAGCUGUCUGUGUUAGAAGAAUAAUUCUUAAUAAUAAUUGAAGUUUGUGCCAAUAUAAUCUAUAGUAUAAUACAACUCUUUCUAAGAG